AUGACAGGUUUAAAAUACCGAAAAGAUAUUCUCCAUCCUAUUGUUAGACGUAUUGCAUGUACUCUGGGGGAGGAUUUCAUCUUAAUGGACGAUAAUGCUCGACCUCAUAGAGCCCGAAUCCAACACAUUUCAGUUCGUCUUACACUUCCCCAAAAUCGACGGGAGCUUCAGACAGCAUUGCCGGUGGAAUGGCAACAGAUCCCUCAGGCUAGCCUUGGACGGCUGAUGAGCAGCAUGGUAGUUAGUCAACAUACCGAUAUACAAAAAACCAUCGUUGGCUGCAUAAGUGACAAUGUUACUUUGUCCUUUGAUCUACCCGAGAAGAAGGACCGUACUGUGGAUAGCUAUAUUUGGUACAAACAGGAUGUAUUAGGGGAUCCCAGCUUCGCCAGAUACACUGUGGCUGAAAACAAGUUUGAAAUCUUCAGAGAUGCCCAAAAUCGUCUCAUCCACAAUCAUAAUAAUGCAUCGCAGCCAAGAAAUUUAGUUUUACUGAAUGUGCAGAAAAGUGACAUUUCUAAAUAUGUUCUGGUGAUUAAUUACGUCAACGUCACACAAGAUACAUCUGAGUAUCUCCUACAAUUGUCAGUAAAAGAUGUUUGCUUUGCAAAACCCAUGGAAGAGGAUGGAUGUGUUACUUCAACUUGUUUCACCGGAGAAAAUGGGACGCUUACAAAGAAUAAAGAAACAGGCCAAACAGUGAAUGGUUACCAUAUGAUAAGAGACUGUACAAAAGGUGUAACUGUCGGAUAUAAAUGCUGUAAUGCAGCUGGUGACUGUGAGGAGCAGAUGUUCAAAGUACCUGCUAAAGAUGAAAACAAAGAUGAUGGAUCUCCAGUUGUUAUAAUAGUAGCUGUAACGGUUGGACUUGGAGUUUUAUUAGUGAUUUUUGGUGCCUUGGCUGUACUAAUGUUCUAUAAACGUUGUAAAGAUGAAAGGGAAGAAAUGCUCAAAGGAAAGGAGGAUAUUUAA